UUUUUUUUUCUUUUUCUUUUUUUAACAUCUGCAUAAAAAUAUUUCUUUCUUCUUUUUUUUUUAAAAAAAAACACAUAUUCAUACAGAUACACGGGUAUAUGGCAGGUGCGCAACUUUAUAAGACAGCCAGUGGUCGUUUAUUUCAUGCAGGUGCAGUUGCUAUUAUUACAGUCGGUUUACCUGCAAGAGGAAAAACACAUAUAUCAAGAUCACUUUGUAGAUAUAUGAGAUGGUUAGGUGUAUCUACCAAAGUAUUUAGUGUCGGUAAUUAUCGAAGAAAAUUAAUGGGAUCUAUUCCUAAUGAAAUGUUUGAUCCAAAUAAUGAUGCUGCAAAUGAGAUUAGACUAAAGAUUGCUGAUGAUUGUUUAAAUGAUAUGGUUGAGUGGCUUCAAUAUGGUGGAGGUCAAGUUGGUAUUUAUGACGGUAAUAAUAUAAGCGAAGAAAGAAGAAAAGAGAUGAAUGAUAAACUUGAGAAUAUGGAUAUUCAUGUAUUAUUUAUUGAAUCUAUUUGCGAUAAGCCUGAAAUUGUUUUAGCUAAUAUUAAAAGUGUGAAGAUUUCUUCACCUGAUUACAUUGGUUGGGAUCCAGAAGAAGCAGUAAAAGACUAUACACAUCGUAUUGAACAAUGUGAACUUUACUAUAAAACAAUUACAAACUUAUCUUUACCUUUUGUAAAACUUUUGAAUGUUGGCGAACGAAUUAUUGUUAAUAACGUAAGAGGAUAUUUGCAGUCUCGAAUUGUAUAUUUUUUGAUGAAUCUUCAUAAUCGGUCUAGAAUUAUUUAUUUUGCUAGAGCUGGAGAAUCGGAGAAUCCAGGUGUAUUCAAAGUAGAUGCAGGUCUCACACAGGAAGGAGAGGCCUAUGCUCAAAAGUUAAAAAAGUUUGUAUUAGCUUAUCGAAAGAAACAACAUGAAGAAUUAAGGGAAGAAGGAAAAGAGAGACCUUUAACUGUUUGGACAUCUACUCGAAAGAAAUCCAGUCAAACAGCAUUACCAUUUCUUCAAGAAGGUUUUAUUGUUCGGCAUCAAUCAGUGUUAAACCAAAUUAACCCUGGUGAAACGGACGGCAUGACAAUCAAAGAAAUUCAAAAUAAAUUUCCUGAUGAAGUAGAGAGAGCAAAACAAGAUCCUUAUCGUCAUAGAUAUCCUAGAGCAGAGUCAUAUCAUGACCUUGCAAUUCGAUUGGAAUCUGUUAUUAUGGAGCUUGAAAGAGAAAAGAAUGAUGUAUUGAUAAUAGCUCAUGAUUCAAUUUUACGUUGUUUGUAUGCUUAUCUGUUUGACCGGCCUGAUCAUGAAAUCCCAUCUAUUCCUAUGCCUCGAAAUUAUUUAAUUAGUAUUAUGCCUUCUGCAUAUGGUUGUAAAGAAUCAAGGGUUGAAAUAGUUGAUAUAUAAUGGAUUUAUGAAUAAAUAAGAGAGCAAAAAAAAAAUAA